GGCUCGCCGCUCGGGGUCCUGGCGCCGCCGGGAGUCGCGGGGCCACGCCGGCGACCCGCAUGGAGCCCCGCGCGGCGGACGGUUACUUCUUGGGCGACGUGGGUUUCUGGGUGGAACGUACCCCAGUGCACGAGGCUGCCCAGAGGGGCGAGAGCCUACAGCUGCAGCAGCUGAUUGAGAACGGCGCCUGCGUUAACCAGGUCACGGUGGACUCCAUCACCCCCCUGCACGCGGCCAGUCUGCAGGGCCAGGCACAGUGCGUCCAGCUGUUGCUGGCCGCUGGUGCUCAGGUGGACGCCCGCAACAUCGAUGGCAGCACCCCUCUCUGUGAUGCCUGCGCCUCGGGAAGCGUCGAGUGUGUGAAGCUCUUGCUGUCCUACGGGGCGAAGGUCAACCCCCCUCUGUACACAGCGUCCCCGCUGCACGAGGCCUGCAUGAGCGGGAGUUCUGAAUGUGUGAGGCUUCUUAUCGACAUGGGGGCCAACCUGGAAGCACACGACUGCCACUUUGGGACCCCUCUGCACGUUGCCUGCGCCCGGGAGCACCUGGACUGUGUCAAAGUGCUGCUCAACGCAGGGGCCAAUGUGAAUGCGGCCAAACUUCAUGAGACUGCCCUUCACCACGCGGCCAAGGUCAAGAACGUUGACCUCAUCGAGAUGCUCAUUGAGUUCGGAGGCAACAUCUAUGCCCGGGACAACAGGGGAAAGAAGCCGUCAGACUACACGUGGAGCAGCAGCGCCCCCGCCAAGUGCUUUGAGCACUACGAGAAGACGCCUCUGACCUUGUCACAGCUCUGCAGGGUGAGCCUGCGGAAGGCAACCGGAGUCCGAGGGCUGGAGAAAAUCGCCAAGUUAAACAUCCCUCCCCGGCUCGUCGACUACCUUUCCUACAACUGAGCCGCAGGAAGGGAGGCGGGAAGACUGAUCCCUCGCCUGGCCCUCGGGAGGCCUGAGUUCUGGGUCGCUCUGGUGCAUGUGACCCUGUGCUGUUUCUCUGGAGCUGAUGGCUGUCGCUCCAGCACAGGCAUAACCACUGUCUUCUUCUUUCCACCGACUUCCCCCGAAGGAAUGGUCAGGACAGAGGUGAAGGAGCCAGGCUGGAGACUGAGGGGUAUGGCUGUUGAGCUUUGUGUGUCUGGGCGGCAUGCUGUAGGAAUAGGAGGUCCCAGUGGCGUGGCGUCUGGGAUGGCCACACGGCAGACAUCUUACUAUCUAGGCACCCUUUCUGAGGUACCAGUUGGCACUUCCUAAGACCUACCUGCAUUCUGGUGUCUCCAUCACUCAGGAGCUUUAUAUGGGUCAUAAUGAGGAAGGCCCAGGCUUUGUUUUCCUGCUACUAGAAGUAUUUCUCCAGUAUUAGCUCUCAGCUCUGACAAAGUUAUGUAGGAUAUAUAUAUGUAUGUGUAUAUACAUAUGUAGGAUAUAUACAUAUAUACUGUAUAUACUGUAAUACUAAGAUUUGUAAAUGAGUGCAUAGUCAUUUCCAAUGUAAAGGGCUAUCAGAAGACUCUUUAGGGCUUGCUUUUCAUCUGUUUCUACAGUUACCAAAUUAAUUCUUCACCAUCCUUUUUUUUCCUUUUAAUUCCUUCAAGCUAUAAAAGAAGUAGAAGAGGUUGGCAGUACACAGUGGGCGUUAACAUGCAACUCUCCACUCAUUUCUCAGAUGGUUAAGAACAUUUAACAUGCAAGGUAUUGAUUGAUUCAAGGCUUGGAUCUGAACCGGAAUGAGGUUCAUCAGCCAGGAAAAGGAAGGAAGAGGAAAUGUUUUGCAGUGUCUCCUUUUCAAAUACUUUUUCUUUUUUUUCCUUUUUCAGGUCAUGGGGCUUGAACUCUGGGCCUGGGCGCUAUCCCUGAGCUCUUCAGCUCAAUGCUAGGGCUCUACCACUUGAGCCACAGAAUUAUUUCCAUGCAGUAUCUUCUUGUAGUCAUAAAACCAUGUCUUUCUCCCUUACAGACCACAGAUGAGAUAUAAUAAGUCCUGUAUUCAGACUGCAUUUGCCUGACUAACAUUCUGUAUCUUAUUUUUAAAACAUACGUAUAGCAGGGAGUUAGAAGAUUUUGCGUAAUUAUUCAUCUUCUACUGGGAAGAAAAUUCACUCCCUUUCCAUUGUAAUCUUAGAUCUAAGCUCUGAAAAAAAAAGAAUGUUCGUGCAUGUAAUAAUAUUUUUAAAAAGUAUUGGUCUGCCUCUCUCUUUUUUUUUGUAAUAGCAACUUGACUCUAACAAUGAAAUCAGAUACCAUCGCUAUCCAAUAUAUCUCUUAGUAAAGUAUGAGAUCCCCUCAUUCUUACUGCUCAAUAAAAGUCAUUAAAUGGA